CCUCGAGAAAUCAGGUGACCGGAAGUACAAACUUUCAUGCGCACGCAAUCUGUCAGCAUGGAGUCGUCUGACAUGGACGCUCUCAGGGAAGAAAUCCGGAUAAGAGACGCCGAGAUACAGAACCUGAGAGAACAGCUGGCUGCGUGCAACGCGGAUAACAACUGCACAUCAGCACCAAAGCUGCACGAUGUAGAUGAAAAAUUGGUUGAAAUUGUAAAAACUUCUCUUACCAAUGCCGACAUUCUAAGAUAUAGCAGGCAACUUGUUUUACCUGAAUUUGGUGUUAAAGGUCAACUGAAGUUAUCAGGAGCAUCUGUGUUAAUAAUAGGCUGUGGAGGUCUGGGAUGCCCAUUAGCUCAAUAUUUGGCUGCAGCUGGAAUAGGACGAUUGGGAUUGCUGGAUUAUGAUACAGUGGAAAUAAGCAAUCUUCAUAGACAAGUUUUGCAUGGAGAAAAAAGAAAAGGCAUGUCAAAACCUGCAUCUGUUGUGAAAACACUAAGAAAGUUAAAUUCAUCAGUUGAAUAUGUUCCUUAUCAGAUGAUGCUUAACCCUAGGAAUGCCCUGCAGCUUGUUAAGCAAUAUGAUGUGAUAGCAGACUGUUCUGACAAUGUUCCUACCAGGUAUUUAAUCAAUGAUGCUUGUGUGGCAGCUGGAAAACCAUUAGUAUCUGCAAGUGCACUAAGAUGGGAAGGCCAGCUUACAGUGUAUAAUUAUAAUGGAGGGCCAUGUUACAGGUGCUUAUUUCCUGUGCCUCCACCUGCAGAGACUGUAACGAACUGUGCAGAUGGGGGUGUUCUCGGCAUUGUGCCUGGAAUCAUGGGAUGCAUGCAGGCUUUGGAAACAUUUAAGCUAGUGUCUGGAAUGGCCUCAUCUUUUAGUGGUGUUAUGCUUAUGUUUGAUGGUCUAAACGGUCAAUUCCGCAACAUAAGGAUUCGAGGCAAAAAAGCUGACUGUGAAGUUUGUGGCAGUAAUUCGAAAUUACAAAUACUUGAAGACUAUGAAAGUUUCUGUGGUGGUUCUGCUUCAGAUAAGUGCAAAUCUUUACAUUUAUUAUCAAGUGAAGAAAGGAUAACUGUUCAGUUCUAUAAACAAAUGCUUGAUGACAAGGUUCCUCACUUACUCAUUGAUGUCCGACCGCAACCUGAAGUAGACAUAUGUCGCCUGGAGCAUUCUUUUCAUAUACCAUUAAGUCAACUGGAGGAUAGGAAUUUGACCUGGUCCAGUGUUCUAACUGAGAGACUAGCAGAAUUGAACAAGAGCAGUAAUGGUUUAGAUAAUAAAGCGCAUAGCAACGACGCAGGGGACGCCACACCGGAGGCCAGAAGCAGCGUGGACCCAACCCCGGUAACAGUGAUUGUUAUAUGCAAACUUGGAAAUGAUUCUCAAAAGGCUGUGAAGAUACUACAGGAAGUUUUAAGCAGAGUAACAUUUAAAGUUCUAGCUAAAGACAUUAAAGGGGGUUUAAGGGCAUGGUCUAAGAAGAUUGAUCCCACUUUUCCUCAAUAUUAAAGUUUAAUUUCUUGUGGCAGUUACAAUGUUUGUAUACUCUAUUAAUAAAAGCAGUUUCCAGUUUUAUGUGACGAUAAUUUGUUGUAGGCUUGU